CCAGGGCAGACUUGCUUGCACUAGGUGGGCUUGUCCGCUGCGCUGUAACCAAUCGAAGUCGGUAAAAAUCCGUUAGUUCGUGGGACUCUUCUCGCGAGAGGAUCCUGUUACCAGCUGCCAAAAAGGAUUAUUAUUUGUUUUGGGUGCAAAAUAAAAACAUCCCAAAAGAAAAAGACUUCUUUAGCCGCUCCCAUUUUAGAGCAAAAAAUGUUCUAGUUUUAUUUGUGUAGCUCUACAGUGCGAUUGUCUGUGAUUUCUAUUUUUUUUUUGGAUUCAGUGAUCUUCUCUUGGAAUUUAGGGCCUUCCAAAAGAUUUCCAGUGCCAAAGCCAUGACUGCCAAUCAAACCUAGCAAAAAAACCCUUAUCUUUGCUCAAUAAAAAUACCACCAAAGCUAUUGAUACAGAUAAGCCUUAAUCUUAUCUAAUAAUCUCUUCCCAAACUUUUUGAUCACAAUGAAGUGACAAAACAAUUAUUAUUAUUAUGAGGGAUUCCUUCAGGGUAUUAGUAGUGCAAGCUGUUUUGUGAGGAUUCGAUUUGCCAACGAAGAAAACGUCCUAGAAUUGGGGCCAUGGAGGGCAGAGGAUGGAAGAAGAGACAAUCGGUGAACCUUGUCAGUUUACUUGUAACGUGUCUGUUUUUGUUUUUGGCAGUGCAGUUUUCUGAUGGAGGAGUCACCUUUGCAACCAAAAUCAAAAAGAUCACCGAAAACUUGGACAUAGCAGUUUUGACAUUAAAUGACAAUGUCACCUAUACCGAUUACGAAGAUAAGUCUACGUAUAAUAGCAGCGCGGAAUUUAGAGCAGCUGGAAUGGCAGGAUUGUAUAACUUAACCAACAUGUUCAUAGAUUGGAUUUCGCCAAAGGAUAUUUUAAUGUCUGGUGUAGUUUCGUUGAAUCGUAACAAUCAAAUCGAAGUUCAAAACCCAGAAAUACCCGAACUGUUCAAAUACUAUGCGGCGCUAGUAUCGAUAUUACUGUUUCUAGUACUGUGCGUGGUACUAUUUCCAUUAUGCGGUUUGUGCUUUUGCUGUUGCCGCUGCUGCGGAAAUUGUGGUGGCAAACCUCAACCAUCGGACAAAAACAAAGACACUUGCAAGAAAGUGGUCCAUGCCACAUUGUUGAUUAUAUGCGGGACAGGUUUACUAUUCUGUAUUGUGUGUGCUUUUGGAAGCAACCAACAGCUUCAUGAUGGUCUGGAAACGUUUCCUAAAAAUAUGCAUUACAGUGUGAAGGAUACCAAAACGUUUAUGGACACGACAAAUGCAGAAAUUCACAAUUUGUUGCAGAAAAAUUAUCAUGAAUUCUCUGAUGCAUUCGUUAAUGUUAUUGAAAAUGGAUCAGUGAUUGCUAUGGAACAACUGAAAGAAUACGUCAACGCAACUACUGUAUCAAAAAUAUAUGAAUUCGCUAAUCAGCUGCCGGAAGUUAGGGAGACUAUGACUUCCUUGAAGACAGGCACUAAUAGAUUGCGAGUUUAUGCAUCACAACUUAAUGAUGCUAUUAGAAAAGUGAAAAAGGACCUGAUCAGUACGCUCAAUUCAUGUUCUAGUUAUAUUGAUGGGUGCCAUAAGCUGCAAGACAAAGUUCAAAAACUUCAGACGAGUAUUGAUUUCAAUGCGGUACCAGACGUAUCCAGUGCAAUAGAAAGCUUCGAUCAAAUUAAUAUAGAAAAGGUACAAGCUGAUGCCCAACAAGGAAACCAGUCUUUAUAUCAAGUACAAAAACAAAUUAAUGAUUCUUUAACAGACACCUUGAGUGCAGCUAGACAACAAAUUACCAAUACAGCUACCAUAAUCAACGAAAAGCUUGCUAGUUUAAGUGACACCCUCGAACACGUGAAAACUCAAAUUGAUGACAAUGCCUCGCCAGCAAUCGAUACUACACAAGACUAUAUCAAUCGAUAUGGGAAAUAUCAGUACUACAUCGGGCUGACCAUCAGCUGCAUACUUUUGCUGGUUACUGUUUGCAUCGUAUUUGGACUCAUUUGUGGAAUUUGUGGCAAACGACCGGAUGGCUACAGCGAUAAUUGUUGCAAUAAAGGCGCAGGAGGACAAUUUCUCAUAUGUGCUGUUAUGAUAAUGUUCCUAUUUGGUUUCCUUAUAUCCAUCUUCACGCUGGUCAGUUUUAUUGCCGGAGUUAUUUCCGAAAAAGCCCUGUGCGACACUUUAAGAAAUCCGAAUCCAAGCGAAAGCAAUAUCAUGAGCAUAAUCGACAGUUUAAAUCUAAAUUUGGCUGUAGAUGUAAAACCUAGCACCAUGCUGAACAAUUGCUAUCAAAACAAGAGCAUUUAUCAAACGUUUAAUCUUGCCAGCCAGUUCAAUUUGGAAGAAAUCAAGGCGAAUUUCAACAUUGCGGAGAAAUUGGACAACUUGAAUAUAGAUAAUGUGAUACCAGAGGGUUUUAAUCUUCUUGGUGAUAAUAACGCGUUUGAAGAAUUGUUGCAAAUUAAUCCCGAGAUUGAUGUUUUUAAGUUCAAAGAAGAGCUCCAAACCAACUUCACCAAUUACAGUUUAGACGAAAUAACUUCAGGCCUAACCAGCAUUAUAAAUCAAAUUAACGGAGAUGAUACAAAUAGUCAAGCAUUAAGAUCACAGCUUCAGUUGAGCUUGUUACACAUCACUACAUACAAUGAGAAGUUGGUUAUUCCAAUGAAAGACUUGGCCCUAGCGAUUAUGGACACUGCAGAUAAUUUAAAUGAACAACUGAAAAUGAAUCACAGCAGCUUUCCAGAGGCCAUUCGAUCUUUGCUCAUCGAUCUGCGAGAGGCGCAGGAUGCUUUAGUAAAUAAUGGUCCUACUCAGUUAAGCAAAACCGCCGAAUAUUUUCGAAAUGUAAUUUUAAACAUCGUGAAUGGCUACAUGGAUCGCAUAUCGGACCAAGCUGAAAACAAAAUCGGCCAUUGCGGUCCACUGAACUUGGUUAUCCAUGCUAGCAUUGCGUCGACAUGCGAUAAAGUUCUUUUACCAUGGAAUGGGUUUUGGUUCAGCCUUUUCUGUACCAUCGUUCUUUACAUAGUCACGAUAAUUAUAGCUAUAAAAUUGGCCAAUCUUUAUCGUAAGCACAAGCCAGGCUAUGACCAGUAUGUGGAAACUCGAGGAGGCAAGAGAGGCAAAAAGAAAGGCAAGAAAUCCAAAAGGCACGAUGAAAGAUCAAACGUGGGACGUGAGGUAGCUAGAGAAUAUGCAGCUGGAUCUCAUCCGCCUGACGGCCGUUACGCUGAUAUGGCCCCAAAGCACUGGGAGGAGUUCCCAAACGGUGGACCGCCCCAUUACCAAAGAGCCCCUACCGAGUACGAGAGGCCCCCACCCUAUUACUACCCUGGAAGCGGAGGGGAAUAAAGAAAAAAUAGAAGGGACUGACUUGUAUGUAUCGCAGAGAAGAGACAUUAGGAAUGUACAGACUGAAAAAUUGAGUUUAUAAGUUUCGUUCAUUUAGUUUUGAAUGUUAUUGCUAUUAAAAUAGGUAAUUUUUGCGUUCAAUUUUUUUUAAAUUCUUAUUAUUAUCAUUAUUAUUAUUAUUAGCCAAUUCAUAUUCGUUAUUUCGUUUUUGUGAUAUCAUAUGUAUGUAUAGGUAUAAAAUAUUUUUUCAUUUUCGGGCAAAGUGGUGCUUUAGAGACGGCACUGUGUGUAAAAUAAAACUGCGUGCAUGUGUUCUGAGCUAAAUACUCGAUCCUUCCGAACACAUUCCGAGUUAUGUGCUCAAUAUAACAAACUAUUUUUAUAUUAUGCUAGCCAUCACUACUAUUUCAAAUAAUUGACGUGUCACCAAAUAAAUGUGAUUUCUUUGUUUGUUGUAGGAAAUUUUCUCCAUGUUAGGAUCGAUUUCCUAAAGUAUAAAUCAAAAAUGUAGUUUGUAAAUAAGAUUUCUCAACACUCAAUUAGCUUUAAAAAUCACUCAAAAUAAUGUGGGCCCUUUAGUUUCUUACAGAUGAUUAUGAAUGUUUAGUUUUUUGAUAUUUUUUUUUAAGUAUGGAUAUUGUUUUUAUACCAGAACAAAAGUUCAUCAAGGGGAAAACUCUGUUAUUGAGGCAUUGUUCAAAUUGUAGAAAAAAUUUUUUUGGUAAUUUUGUUGAUAAAACUUUGAAUUUGGGUUACCUAAGUUUGCUUUUCACCAAAAAAUAGUAUGAUGAUCUCCAUUAGUGCAACUAAAACUAAAAUUUGGAUUUUUUUUGGUAUAUAAAUUCUCUCUUCCAUCUAUAAGAAAUUAAAAAUGAAUCUCAUAUCUGUUAAGAUAUUUAGAUAGAAGUAUGUUUUUGUUUUCAAAGGCACAAAACAAACACCAAAUUUUAAUGCAUUUAAUAACUUUUUAGUAUUUAGGCAUGUAUUUAAAUUUUAAAAAUCUUCCCUACCAUUAAUUUUGUGCUCAAUUUUCGAGAUAAUAUACAUCAAUUUGAGGCCAAACUGUUGCCAUAUUAAACAAUUCUUGUAUUUAUUAUGUGUUAAAAUAUAGAUAAAUAUAAAUUAAUUCCCG